GCGGCCCAGAAAAGGAGCCCCGGGCUGCCCCAGACAUCAGAGGCGCAGGAUACCUUGAGAAAAUGGCUGAGUAUCUGAGGCUGCCCCACUCCCUGGCGAUGAUCCGCCUCUGUAACCCACCGGUCAAUGCCAUCAGUCCAACUGUAAUCACGGAAGUAAGGAAUGGACUCCAGAAAGCUAGAUUGGACCAGACGAUUAGAGCCAUCGUGAUCUGUGGAGCAAAUGGCAACUUCUCUGCAGGUGCUGAUAUCCAUGGCUUUAAAUUUCCCACUGGCCUCCCAUUAGGAAGCUUGGUAGAUGAAAUACAGCGAUACCAGAAGCCAGUGGUAGCCGCCAUCCAAGGUGUGGCUCUUGGAGGAGGACUAGAGCUGGCCUUGGGCUGUCACUAUCGGAUUGCCAAUGCAAAGGCUCGUGUUGGCUUCCCAGAAGUGACACUGGGGGUUCUUCCUGGUGCGAGAGGAACCCAGCUUCUCCCCAGGGUCGUCGGAGUUCCUGUUGCUCUUGACUUGAUUACCUCAGGAAGACAUAUUUCAACAGAUGAAGCACUCAAGCUUGGAAUUCUGGAUGUAGUUGUAAAGUCAGACCCAGUUGAAGAAGCCAUCAAAUUUGCUCAGACGGUUAUAGGUAAACCCAUAGAACCCCGCAGGAUCCUAAACAAGCCAGUCCCAAGCUUGCCCAACAUGGACAGUGUUUUUGCAGAAGCCAUUGCCAAGGUACGGAAGCAGUACCCUGGCCGCCUGGCUCCGGAGACUUGUGUCCGUUCAGUCCAGGCCUCCGUGAAGCAUCCAUAUGAAGUGGCCAUCAAGGAAGAAGAAAAGCUGUUUAUGUACCUUCGGGGGUCAGGGCAGGCUAGAGCCCUGCAGUACGCCUUUUUUGCUGAAAAGUCUGCAAAUAAGUGGUCGACUCCCUCAGGAGCAUCUUGGAAAACAGCAUCUGCUCAGCCCGUCUCCUCGGUUGGUGUUCUUGGCUUGGGAACGAUGGGCCGAGGCAUCGCCAUCUCUUUUGCAAGGGUGGGGAUCCCUGUGGUUGCCGUAGAGUCAGACCCAAAGCAGCUGGAUACCGCAAAGAAGAUAAUAACCUCCACCUUGGAAAAGGAAGCAUCCAAGAGCGGCCAAGCUUCAGCAAAACCAAACCUCAGGUUCUGCUCAUCCACAAAGGAGCUUUCCAGUGUGGAUUUAGUGAUUGAAGCAGUGUUCGAAGAUAUGAACCUGAAGAAGAAGGUCUUCGCUGAACUGUCAGCCCUGUGCAAGCCGGGAGCCUUUCUGUGCACCAAUACCUCAGCGCUGGAUGUGGAUGACAUUGCUUCUUCCACAGAUCGCCCCCAGCUGGUGAUUGGCACCCACUUCUUCUCUCCAGCCCACAUCAUGAGGCUACUAGAGGUCAUUCCUAGCCGAUACUCUUCCCCUACUACCAUCGCCACAGUUAUGAGCUUAUCCAAAAGGAUUGGAAAGAUUGGAGUCGUUGUUGGUAACUGCUAUGGAUUUGUUGGGAAUCGAAUGUUGGCUCCCUAUUACAACCAGGGCUAUUUCUUGUUAGAGGAAGGUAGUAAGCCAGAGGAUGUAGAUGGGGUCUUAGAAGAGUUUGGUUUUAGAAUGGGACCCUUCAGGGUGUCUGACCUCGCAGGGCUAGACGUGGGUUGGAAAGUUCGCAAAGGGCAAGGCCUUACUGGACCGUCCUUACCUCCAGGAACCCCCUCCCGAAAGAGGGGCAACAUCAGGUACUCCCCAAUUGCUGAUAUGCUCUGUGAAGCUGGGCGAUUUGGUCAGAAGACAGGUAAGGGCUGGUAUCAGUAUGACAAGCCACUGGGUCGCAUCCACAAACCUGAUCCCUGGCUUUCUAAGUUCCUGUCACAGUAUAGAGAAACCCAUCGCAUCAAGCAGCGCUCCAUCAGCAAGGAGGAGAUCCUGGAGCGUUGCUUAUAUUCCCUUAUCAACGAGGCAUUCCGCAUCUUGGAGGAGGGGAUGGCCGCUAGCCCAGAGCACAUUGAUGUCAUCUACUUGCACGGGUACGGGUGGCCAAGGCACAUGGGCGGGCCCAUGUACUAUGCUGCCUCAGUUGGGCUGCCCACAGUUCUAGAGAAAUUGCAGAAAUAUUACAGACAGAACCCUGACAUCCCCCAGCUGGAGCCCAGUGACUACCUGAGGAGGCUGGUUGCCCAGGGAAGCCCUCCUCUGAAAGAAUGGCAAAGCUUGGCAGGACCCCAUAGCAGUAAACUGUGAUUCAGCCUUCUGCAUUUUGCCACAUACGUUGGCAUCUAAUUUCAGUGUGAUUCAUUCCUAAAAUCCAAACAGAUUUCUCUGAAGUACAAAUGAUGAUUGCUGCUGCUGCUGCUGCUGGCGGUGCUAAGUGGCCAGCAAAAGCUCCUCUCUGUGUCUUCCUACCUCAUAAUUCUAAUGGCCAGAUUUCAGGAAUGUGUUCUCUAUACCUCUGACGGUACUUCUAGCAGAAAAAUUCAGCAAAUAUGUAUUUACUACUACAAGCCUUCCUCUCUUUUGACUGUUUGCCUGGUAUAGCCAUAAUUUAUACAAAAUGUUGCUAAUAGAAUAAUUCAUAACUCCAGUUGGCAACCCAGAUGUGCCUUUUAGCAAAUCAACAAUAGUGGCAUGGACAUUCAAGUCACACAUUUCAGCUGUGUGAUGGAACUGGCACAUGUUGCACCGUGGUGCUGCGUUGCAGCAUUGCUCUGACUAAGAGGAGGCAGCCAGAGAAGGCCACAUGUCAUAUGGAUGUGGACAUAAAAUUCCAGAAUAUACAGAUCUGAGAACAAGGUAGAUGAGUAGCCCAAGGCUAUAAUUUUUAUAAGUUAAAAUUACUGAUGAUUAAUACAGAGUAUCUUUGGGGUUUGAUAAAUUUUUCUAAAAUUACUUUAGCAGUGGAUCUGUAACACAUUGAGUUCAAUAUAUAUAUAUAUAUAUAUAUAUAUAUAUAUAUAUAUUCUAUCUCAAUAAAG